GUCAUUAUCAAUCCUCUUCCCUCUAGCCAACAACUACCAUGUCUACCAAAGUGUUUGUGACCGGAGCGACCGGCUACAUCGGUGGCGAUGCCCUGUACCACGUCCACGAGAAACACCCUGAUCUUGAAUACUCCACCCUGAUUCGAACUGAAGAAAAGGCCCGCAAGGUCCAGGUGCAGUAUCCGAAAUUACGAGUUGUGAUUGGCGAGCUCGACGAUGCUGAAACGAUUGCCAAGGAGGCCGCCUGGGCAGACAUUGUCAUUCAUACGGCUGAUUCAUCAGAUCAUGUUGUGGCGGCCAAUGCAAUCGCCCAAGGAAUGGUGCAGGGCCACAGUCCGCAGCGGCCGGGAUACUGGCUGCACACGGGCGGCACAGGCAUCCUGACCUAUUUCGACUCGGACGUGCGCAAAGUCGCCGGGGAGCCGGACGACAAGGUCUUCAACGACGGAGACAGGGUAGACGAACUAGUGAACCUCCCUCCUGCGGCCUUCCAUCGGAAUGUGGACGAGAUCGUGCUGAAGACCGGUGUCGAGCAUGCCGACAGGGUCAAGACGGUGAUUGUCUGCCCUCCCACCAUCUACGGGCCAGGUCGGGGUCCUGUCUCCGGCCGUGGACGACAGGUGUACGAGUUGGUCUCGUUCAUUCUGAAGCAAAAGUACACGCCGCAGAUUGGGAAGGGGCUGGCCCGGUGGAAUAAUGUGCACGUCUGGGAUUUGAGCAGACUCUUCGAGGCACUUGUGCAGGCCGCCCUCGACCCCGCGAGAGUCGAUGACGCUGAGAUCUGGGGUGGAAAGGGCUACUUUUUGUGUGAGAAUGGUGAGCAUGUCUGGGGGGAUUUGGCAAAAUUCAUUGGUCAGCAGGCACUCCAGCAGGGAUAUCUUGCAGAGGCACCUCAGCACAAGGCAUGGUCUCUGGACGAGGCUGUGAAAUCGCCUGCUGGCUUUGAGGCUGCCAGCUGGGGUUGGAAUUCCAGAGGCAGGGCUCUACGGGCCCAUCAGGCGCUGGGGUGGAAGGCUGAGGAGAGAAGUCUGGAUGAGGAGAUUCCCGAUAUCAUCUGCUCAGAGGCUGCCAGGCUUGGUUUGUAGAUAUCAGUACUGGCCAUAUUCACAAUGUCAAUUGUCAUUGGAAGGAAGUAGUUAAUGUUCAUGGAAUUGAUAUUUCCACACAUACAAGGGAGAUAAGACUGUAUAUAUAUGUUUAUCCUGGAAUAAG